UGCCUUACUGGGAAGUACCGUGAGCUGCAGUAACAGUGAGGACAACAUGGGCAGGAAGGUGACACUCGCCUCGUCCUCUCUCAACCAGUGGGUGCUGGACUUUCAGGGCAACUUCAUUAGAAUAUUACACAGUAUUAAAAUUGCAAAGGAGAAAGGCGCUCGUUACAGGCUUGGGCCAGAACUUGAAAUCUGCGGAUAUGGUUGCGCCGAUCACUUCUUCGAGUCUGAUACCAUCCUGCACUCAUUCCAGGUGUUGGGCAAACUCUUGGAAUCUCCUGAGACCAGCGACAUUAUCUGUGACGUGGGCAUGCCCGUGAUACACAAGAAUGUCCGAUAUAACUGCCGAGUUAUUUUUCUCAACAAGAAAAUCCUUCUCAUUCGUCCAAAAAUGGUGCUGGCCAAUGGGGGGAACUACAGGGAACUGCGUUGGUUUACUCCUUGGAAUAAAGUGAGAGGAGUAGAAGAUCAUUUUCUUCCCAGAACUAUACAGAAUAUCACAGGGCAGGUUACUGUGCCCUUCGGUGAUGCCGUUUUGGCAACAAAAGACACCUGUUUAGGAACUGAGAUCUGUGAAGAGCUGUGGUCGCCAAACAGUUUGAAGUUUUAUAUUUCCAAUAAUAAGAAUAUUAGUAAUUCACUGGUUAUGGGCUCCAGUGAUUUAUGCUUAGUGGCAAUCGAUGUCUGGCUUUCUUUCACCAAAUUUGAAGUUACUUUAGGACAAAGAAACGCACAAAUAUUUUAUUUUAUCCUUUAUGAUUUCAGUUUGGGACCAGCAUGUUGGCUUUGGGAUUAUUUACGGCGCAGUAAUCAGAACGGGUUUCUACUCCCACUCAGCGGUGGAGUUGAUAGUUCGUCUGUUGCGUGUAUUGUGUAUUCCAUGUGUCGCCAAGUUUGCCUAGCUGUGGAUGCAGGAAAUCAGGAGGUAUUGUGUGAUGCACGACAGAUUGUAAACGAUGAUAAAUAUGUCCCGUGUGAUCCUAAGGAGCUGUGCAGACGCGUUUUGACCACCUGUUACAUGGCCAGUGAGAACUCGUCACAGGAGACGCGGAUCCUCGCCAGGCAGCUCGCAGAGGAAAUUGGCAGCUAUCACAUAAAUCUAAAUAUAGAUGGAGCUGUGAAGUCUUUAAUUGAUAUAUUUAGCGCAGUAACUGGUAAAAUUCCUCGGUUUCGUGCUUACGGAGGAAGCAGCCGUGAGAAUUUGGCUCGGCAGAACUUACAGGCUCGAAUACGAAUGGUUAUCGCAUAUUUAUUUGCGCAACUGAGUCUUUGGGCACGUGACUUACCAGGCGGAUUCCUGGUGCUUGGAUCUGCGAAUGUAGAUGAAAGCCUUCGAGGAUACCUCACUAAAUAUGACUGCUCCAGUGCGGAUAUUAAUCCAAUCGGUGGCAUCAGCAAGACAGAUCUGAAAGGUUUUAUACACUACGCUAUUGACAACUUCCAGCUACGCUCACUUACAAGUAUAUUGUCAGCGCCACCUACAGCUGAGCUUGAGCCGCUGCUUGACGGUCAGAUUUCUCAGAACGACGAGGACGACAUGGGUAUGACCUACGCCCAACUCUCUGUCUAUGGGAAACUGAGAAAGGUCAUGAAGACCGGACCAUACAGUAUGUUCUGCAAACUGCUCCUUAUGUGGAAAACAAUCUUAUCCCCCAGACAGGUGGCAGAAAAGGUGAAAUAUUUCUUCAGGAUGUACUCCAUAAACAGACACAAGAUGACCACGCUCACGCCUGCGUACCAUGCAGAGAGCUACAGCCCAGAUGAUAACCGCUUUGAUCUGAGGCCGUUCCUGUAUAACACAGCGUGGCCGUGGCAGUUCCGCUGUAUUGAUGAGCAGGUGACUCAUCUGGAAGGAAACUGUGAGGUUAAUGCACUAAAGGAAGUUGAUUGAAUUUCAUGUAAAGAACUUUAGCAUCUAAAGGAUUUCAUUUCUGUUACCGCCAAUACCUCAUUUACUAAACAACCGAUGAGACGGAAAUUCCUCCCAUUGGUUAUGUGUCUGAGCAAGUGUUAUGUAAUCAGUAAAAUGCAAAUAGAACAAUUUUACAAACAGGUUUUAAUAAAAAAUAUAUUUGCUAUAA